AUGGACUCGAGGCGUGCGCUCGUGAAGCGCUACAUCUUUGGCACGAACCAUGACGGCAAGAACUGCUUGCACUGGCUUGAUGACGGCUCGCUCGUCUACCCGGUCGGCAAGACCAUUGUGCUGCAACAGCCAAAAUCGUGCACGCAGCGCUUCCUCGAGGCGGCGUACCAGAGCACGGCCAUCACCGCCAUCGCAAUGAGCGCGAAUAAGAAGUUCAUGGCGAUCGCUGAGAGCGGUCCGCAUCCGCAGGUGCAGAUCAUAGACACCGUGACUCGCAAGCGCCGCAAAGUUCUGAGUGUGACGGACCUUGAUAGCGAUCGGUAUGUAGCCCUCAGCUUCAGCAGUGAUGGGCGGCACCUCGUCACCCAGGGCGGCGCGCCAGGGUGGAACUUGCACUACUGGAACUGGGAGCGCUCGCAGCCGCUGGCAUCCGUGUCGGUGGGGCAGCUGUACUUGACAAGCGCGCAGGCGCAGGGGUCGACGUCGAGCGGCAACGCAGCUAGCAUCGAUAACAACUCCAUUCUCCAGGAGGGGGGAACGCAGACGCUCGACGCAGCUGCCCGCACUGUGGCGCGCAGCACCCUCGCGACAUCGCGCGCACAACCGCAGGUCGUCACGAGCAUCGGUGUCUGCCCCCUCGAUCCGCUGCUGGUGACCGUGGCAGGUAUUGGCUUCUUUCGCUUUUACCGGUACACCGAGGGUCUCCUCCAGCUGCAGCCGAGCACGGGCGUGCCGCGCGAGCAGUUUGAGAGCUUCUCGACGCACCUCUGGGUCACUGAACACAACGUCGUCGUUGCGACGCACAGUGGACGACUUUUACUGAUCCAGGACGGGCGGUACAUGAGUGCGAUUGGGAUACCGCCAUCGUCGCCGUCACACCUGCGAGGCUUAGCUUCCGAGUCCCUCCUGGAGGGGGCGGGGGCCGCCGUGCCAGUGGACGUGGUGAUGUGCAUUGCUCCCACACAUCAGCAGCAGCAGCAGCGGGCGCAGCACCACAGCGGGUUCAUUGCUGGAACGAGCCAAGGUAAUGUCCUCAUUUUCCAGGGCGACAACAACGCCGCUGGUGUCGACGGCGUCGUUGACGCACUGAACGGCGAGAUCGUUGCAGGCGACACGACCGGCUACACGUUCGUAUGCCGACUAGAGGUACCCGCCUGCGAGGCUGGCGAGCUGCAGCAACAGAGCUCGCCACAUGCACCGCAUCACGCAUCUGCCGGGCAGAAGCCGGCCGCUCCAGCGCUGAUGUCAAUCACAGGCACCGCCGCUGCGGCUGCUGCGCCACCGCCAACAACCGCAGACGCGGGGAGAAGUGACAAGGGACGCACCGGCCGCCUCUUCCAGCUCCGCGACCAGAUGGGCGCGAAGGGUGCCAGGGCGAAGGCGUCCACAGGGACAGCUGCUGAGCGACGAGGUCAGAGCACAGCAGGCGACGACGAAAACGCCUACAAAGGCGGCGUUGAUAACGCUGGCCAAGCCCUGGGCAGCGAUGGGCAGCGGUACAGGGUGUCGGCCUUGGCCCUUGAUCAGGCGGAAGAGUGCUUAGCGGUGCUCACAGCGUCCGGAAAGCUGUACGGGCUUAACUUUCAGCAGAACUGGGCGGCGCGCGAGGCGAUGUUCCACACGCCGAACGCGUCCACGAUGACCUCCGCCUCCGCUGGUGGAGCAGGUGGCGAUGAGGCACCUGUGCUGCUUGCGCAGCUUCCCUCCCUCCUCGAGCACAACGGCGGCGAUCUCGGGCGGGCGUCGUUGGCGGCCAUACCCGGGCAUGUGUCGACUCGCAGCAUGUUCUUCCAGUCUCUGUACCCCUUCACCCACUGUGGCCGCGUAAACGGGAUGGACUGCAGUGUGCGCAAGCCGCUCCUCAUCACCUCCGGCAGCGACCACAGCAUCCGUAUCUGGAACACGCAGACGGGGCAGUUGCUCAUGUGCCAGUUCUUCGCAUUGGAGCCUGGCGCUGUCGCGAUCCACCCCGACGGCCUCAUGGCGGUCGUCUGCUUUCCUGACAAGGUGCGUGUCAUGAGUGUGCUCUGGAGCUCGUUGCGUGAGCGCCGCACGAUCAACCUGCGCAACGCGUCCGACGUAUUCUUCGCGAAGGGUGGCCAACUCUUCGCCAUUGUGCACCACAACCUUGUCUACGUCGAGGACGCGAACACGUGCGAGCUGCAAGGGCAGCUGCGCGGCCACCCGCAGCGCAUCAAGGACUUCCAGUGGUGCUCUACGACGGCGUACCCAACGGACAACCGCGCCGUGACGUGCUCGUCGGAUGGUAUGAUCAUGGACUGGAACAUAUCCGAGAUGCGCAAACAGACGGAACAUUCCGAUAGGCGCUUCCAGUAUGUCGCCAUCGCGUCCGAUGACCGCAGUGUCUGGGCGGUGGCAGCACCGACACCGGCGACGGCGCUGGACGUGUCGUGGAAGGUGCUGCUGCGCGAGAUUGAUCGGCAGAGCCUCGGCACCGUCAACGCAGGCACAAACAAGGGCGUCGCAGCGGGCGGCCCAGGCGCGCGGAGUGCCGCGGGUGGCAUGACGGCGACGUCUUCGGGCGGUGGCGGUGGCAUUAGCAACAUCCUGGGCAACAGCGUGGGCGACUACGAGUUCACUGAGACGGCCCUGACGCGCCUCAUGGUGGCGCCGCACCAGCGCGUGCUGAUCGCCGGCGCAGAGGACGGCUCCGUGAAGGCUAUGACGUUCCCGCUGCAGGCCGGCAUUCAAGAGGCCCCGAUUGCCGCGCACGCGUUGCCGGUGACCCGCAUGGCGCUGUCCUUCGAUGAGACGACGCUCUUCACCGCCAGCGCAGAUGGCAGCGUCAUCAUGUGGGAGAUCUUCGCUGAGAAGGAUAAGGUGAAGCCCACGGAUGCGGGAGCCACCGGCACCACUGGCCAGCACCACGACCCGGCGAGCCGCCGCAACAUGAACUGCACCGAUGAGGUGCUCGUCACGAAACAGGAGAUGGAGGAGCAACGCAUUGAGAUUGAGAGCCUGCAGCAGUACAUUGAAAAGCUGAAGACGGACAUGGAAAGCGAGGAUAAACGUCGCGCGCAUGAGCAGGGCACCCGCACCCGUGAGCGGGCAGAGGAGCUGCAGCAGGACGCCAUCGCGUUGGCUGCAGAGUACGACGCCCUCCAACACGCAAAGGCAGAUCAGGAGCAGACCUUUCUGGAUGCCAAGAACGAGACGGCACGGGAUGCGGCGCAGAAGCUGGAGGAGGUGGAGAUGGAGCGCCAGCGCGAAGUCGACACCCUUGCCGACGAGUGCGGCGCGCUGCAGCACCGCCUUGAGACGACGAAGGUGGCGCACGCGGCGGAGCUCAAGGCGUUGCGUGCCAGCCUGGCGCAGGCCCGUGCCGAGGACGAGGCGCACUUCCAGGACGUUCUGAGCCAGCGCACCGAGGCUGUGCGUAAACUUCACCGCCAGCUGGAGCACAGUUACGAGACAAACCACGCUGCUCUCCAUCAGCUUGAGCUGGACACGGACUCGGAGUCGCAGUCGGUCUUUCAGAAGCAGCAAGGCACUCUGCAGCGGGCACGAGAGCGAUUCCUGCACCUGAAGGGCGAGGGGGCCGUGAUGCGGAAGAACGCGAUGCGGCUGGAGCGGGAGAUUGAGGUUCGCACAAACGAGCUUCAGUUGCUCGACGGCGCCAAGGCAGCCCUGCAGAGCCAGUUGACAGACCUGACGCAGCAGGUGGCGCAGUUGCACCAGGACAUUGACGAGCGCGACAGCGUCACGGAGAAGAAGGAGAAGGUCAUCUACAGCCUCAAGAAGCGUAACCAGGAGCUGGAGAAGCACAAGUACGUGCUCGACCACCAAAUCCGCGAGCUGAAAGGGCAGAUAGAGCCGAAGCAGCGCGAGAUCGCGGAGCUGAACCAGGAAACGAAGCAGCAGAACGCGAACCUCGAGGAGCAGCACACGAGCAACCUCACCCUGCGCCAGAACACGGAGGAGCUGAAGAAGGACAUUGCCGAACAGCAACGCGCGCUGCAGGCUCGGUUGCGGGAGCUGCAAGGGUUGGAGACGUACCGCUCGCGAGCUGAGCGUGACAUUGGGGAGCUUGCCCAUCAGCUACAGGACCCGGCGUCCUUGGCUGCCGCCGUCGUGCGGCUGUACGAGGUGCACGUCGCACCGCGCGAUGUUAAGCAGAUCGCGCCGGCAGACCCGAACGUAAAGCACGAGCUGCAGUCUCAGCUCGAGUACCUCUCCACCUCUGUCGACGCCCUCCGGCGCAAGCUUAAGUCUGACGAGCAGCGGCACAAGAAGGAGGUCUCGGCAAUGAUGACGGAGAACCUAUCACUCAUUCGCGAGAUCCACUCGCUGCGCGGCGAGAUGGAUCAUCUGCGUGCACGGGUGGCGGCAGACACGGUGUCCAAACAGCAGCAGCAGUAUCAAAUGCAGCGGCGCGCGGGCGCGGGCGGGGGCGGGGCAUGCCGCGGCGCAGGUCGUGCCCAUGACGAGCGCAGUGGCGUGGCGGACGCGGGCGCCACCGACACAAUGGGCUCCGCCGUCACGGACGCUGUCGGACGCUCGGUUCAGCUUUCUUCCAGCGAGGUGGAUAGCACCCGCGGCGGCACCGGGACGCGUCGGCGCGGUGGCACUGGCGGCAGCGCAGGCCAGCGACCGGUGACACCGCAGUCGGAGAUCGAGAUAAACAGUCGUGAGCUGCGCAUGUUGCGCGCGUACAUCGAGAAGCUAGAGCGCUCCCUUGCUGGGCUGCCGUACUCUACAGCGGUGCAGAAGGAGAGUGUACGACUUCCACCCGUAGACUCCCUUGCCAUCACGUAG